AGCAGGUCCCGCUGGCAGUGGGGGCUUUAGGAUGAGCAUGGCUGCCCCCCACAGCAGCUCCACCACUGGGACAUUCAGCUUUGGGUUAGGACGGAGUGGGAGAACUGGUCUGAAGAACCCUUUCUGGGGAGCCUUGAAUCCGAACUCCCUGGGUGCAGCUGGCCAGAGCACACCCUCUCCCUUCCACGUGGCCAGCCCACCUCAGAACACGUCUGGGAUUACAGCCAUCACCUCGGCCUUUGCUGCUAUGACCCUGACCACCAGCAGCGGGACCAGUAGCUCAGUGUUUGGCGGUACUACCUUAUUGCCCAUCAUGUCCAGGGUGUCAGCAGGUCCCGCUGGCAGUGGGGGUUUUGUGAUCGGCAUGGUUCCACCCCACAGAAGCUCCACCACUGGAUCAUUCGUAUUUGGGUCAGAACGGAGUGGUAGAACUGGUCUCAAGAACCCUUUCUGGGGAGCCUUGAAUCUGAACUCCCGGGGUGUAGCUGGCCAGAGCACACUCUCUCCCUUCCACGUGGCCAGCACACCUCAGAACACAUCUGGGAUUGCAGCCAUCACCUUGGGCUUUGGAGCUAUGACCCAGACCACCAGCAGUGGGACCAGUAAUUCAGUGUUUGGCAGCACUACCUCAUCGCCCUUCAUGUCUGGUGUGUCAGCGGGCCCUUCUCACAGUGGGGGCUUUGGGUUGAGCGUGGCUGCCCCCCACAGCAGCUCCACCACUGGGGCAUUCGGCUUUGGGGAGGACAGAGUGGGAGCACUGGUGGCACGACCCCUUUCUGGGGUGGCUUGAUUAAGAACUCUCUGGGUGCAGCUGGCCAGAGCACACCCUUUGCCUUCCAUGUGGCCAGCAUUCCUCAGAACACGUCUGUGUUUGCACAUCAGAUUUGGAAUGGGCUCGGUGCCGGAGUCCAGCUCCAGCUGACAUGUGGGUCACAAAGGAAAGAACAGCGUCAGCGAGUGAGAUCAAUGAGGAGACGAAACACCCAAUUAAAGUUGUAACAUCUCCUGACAUCAAGCAGCAGGGUCUUUAUUUUUGUAUCUACGGUUUACAUAAUGUUGAACAUUUUUUAAAAUUAUGAAUAAUACAAUCCUUUUUCUGUCAGUUUACAUAAUUUCAGCUUAUUACCCUUAAUUAAAUAUCAUUAUUUCUUCUAAUAGUAGCCAUUUAACAUUUAAUUUUUAACUUUCCCCUAGUCUAUUGUGAUUAGUAAUUCAUGUAAGCUACAUGCUAGGUGCUAAACAGAAAAUGGCGUAAGACAGCAUGUGGGUUAAGCGUGUGGGCUAUGAUUUUUACUUUAAGCAUGUAAGAUUAUAUAGACUUUUAGAUAUGUGUCUAAGGUAUGCGUCUAAGGCUAUAUAAAGUUAAACAGGUUAUAUAAAAUGCAAGCUAUAUGUCUUUUGGUUAUUAAGUGUAGCUAUAUUAUUAAUUAAAUCCUAUCCAACACAUGUGGGUUGAAACUUACAUCUAAAAUCUAGGGACGGUACUCCUAUCACCCAUUCCUUAACAUUCCUAUGAUAAUAAUGUAAAGUUAUGCUCUUUAUAAUCUGGCACCAGCAGUUCUCAAAGUGGCCUGUGAACCCUGGGGAACUCCAUGACA